AUGGCAGACAUCGCUGAAUGCUAUUUAGUGAUGCAAAACACUGGCAAUCCUGAAAUUCCUGGAAGUCUUGGAAUUCCUGGAACUCCUGAAAAUCUAGGCAAUCCUGGAGUUUCCGGAAUUCCAGGAAUUCGCGGAAGUCCCGGAAUUCCAGGAAGUCCUGGAGUUCCUGGAAGUCCCGGAAUUCCAGGAAUUCCCGGAAGUCCCGGAGUUCCCGGAAGUCCCGGAAUUCCUGAAAUUCCCGGUAGUCCCGGAGUUCCCGGAAGUCCCAGAAUUUUCGGAAUUCCCGGUAGUCCCGGAGUUCCCGGUAGUCCCGGAGUUCCCAGAAGUCCAGGAAUUUUCGGAAGUCCCGGAGUUCCCGGAAGUCCCAGAAGUCCCGGAGUUCCCGGAAUUCCAGGAAUCCCCGGAAGUCCCGGAGUUCCAGGAAGUCCAGGAAUUUUAGGAAUUCCCGGAAGUCCUGGUGUUCCCGGAAUUCCAGGUAAUCCUGGAAAUCUAGGCAAUCCUGGUAUUAGUUGA